AUGUACUUUGCUCUAUCGAAAAUGCAGACAAGGAAAACAAAGCUCUGCGGUUCAGUAGAUUCUCAGAUUCAAUGGCUUUAUUUUUGCGUUUCUGCAGGAGGCAUGGCGCUGGAAGUGCUGCUCGUCCGUCUCAUGAAGAACAUGCCGCUCAACGAUAAAAUUGGCAUGUUCUCCAUGGGAGCGAUGCUGUGGGAAUGUGGUGGACGGCAAGGGCCACUCCAACCCCUUGCCCUGUGGCAACGAAACCUUGGAGGGCUCAGCUCUGUGGCAUCGCUUGUGGGGCAUCGAUUUCAACAGCUGUGGCCCAAAGCCCUGAAGCAACUCAUUUACGACUGUGUGAUAUUUGAGAGUGGGAACAGGCUACUGCUCAGCUCACCAACGACUAUGCAAUGUAAUUUCUGCAAGAGGAACUGGGCAGGAUCCAAUACUGGGUCGAUGGGUGACAUGGGAAGCGGUUUGUAA